AUGGGUAGAGAAAAUAUUUUAAAAUAUCAAUUAGAACAUAAUGAUCAUGAAACUGAUUUAAAAUUAAGUAUUAGUGAAGAAGAACGAAAAUUAGCUGAAGAACAACAAUUUUUAAAACAACAACCUCCUCCAAAGAAGAUUAAAUUUCAUUCAAAUUUCCCCUUUACUUUAUCAAAAGAUUCAACAUUACAAGAUUUCUUACAUAAUAAUCAAUAUUACGUUGAGAAUUUAAAACAUAAUCAUUCAACUCAAAUCUUUGAUUUAAAUGCCAAGGGUCAAUCUCCUCAUACUUUAUGGAUUGGAUGUAGUGAUUCAAGAGCAGGAGAUCAAUGUUUAGCUACUUUACCUGGUGAAGUAUUUGUUCAUCGUAAUAUUGCUAAUAUUAUAAAUUCAAAUGAUAAUAGUAGUCAAGGAGCAAUUCAAUUUGCUAUUGACGUUUUAAAAGUUAAAAAAAUUAUCGUUUGUGGUCAUACUGAUUGUGGAGGAGUUUGGGCAUCAUUAUCAUCUAAAAAAAUUGGUGGUGUUUUAGAUUCUUGGUUAAAUCCAAUUCGACAAAUUAGAGCUGAUAAUUUAAAAUUAUUAGCUGAAUUCAAUUCCAAUCCCAAAUUAAAAGCUCGUAAAUUAUCAGAAUUAAAUAUUAUAAAUUCAGUAAAGAAUUUAAAAAGACAUCCAAGUGUAUCUCAAGCUUUAAAAGAUAAAGAUAUUGAAGUUUGGGGGUUAAUUUAUGAUGUAUCAACGGGAUUUUUAUCUGAAGUUGAAGUUCCUCAAGAUGAACAUGAAGAUUUAUUUCAUAUUCAUGAUGAAGGAGGUCAUGAAGAUGAAUUAGGUGAUCAUAAUGGUCAUUAA